GUGAACUGAAGACAUUGAACUUGUAUUUUCAAAUAAUUCUCAAAAUGUUUUACCAGUUCAAAACUUGUGCGAAGAAAUGGUGCUUAAUUAUUGAGUUUCUGACAGCGAUUUGUUUAUUCAGAAUUAUGGCUUAUGAAAUCCAAACUUGUCAGAGACAUUUACAAAAUAAAGUUUUUGUACAAAGACAUCAGAGCUCAGUAAAUGUUUCUAUUUGCUUUUGGAGCUUCAGCACUAACAUUACAAAAGUAACUUUACAGAACAACAAGAAUGAAACAAGGGAAAAUGUGUUCCAUGAGUGGAGACCUUCUGCGACCUAUUUUCAAUACCUUGAUGUACGGAUCAAUAAUCUGACAUCUAGUGACUACACGGAGUGGUCAUUGCUUCUAAUGAGUGAUCGCAUCAUGUUUGAGGGCAGUCUCUUUAUAGUACGCGCAGACUCUAAAAAUGAUGUUAUAUUUUCCAAAAUGAAAUUGUUCCACUAUUACUCUUAUACUGCCGAGCUAGUCUGUGUUGCAAGUAACUACCCAAGACUUAUUCAAAUAAUAAAUCGAUGUGAGAAUCUUGUACUAUAUGAAAAAUAUUAUAAUCCGAAAAAUUACAAUAGAGAAAUGACAAUAACUUUCACUAUUGAACCACUGAAUCGACUUUUGGCUCUGGAGUGUAAAGUCUUUGACAAUGGUUACAUUACGACAUCAAAGUUUCAAGACAUUAAUUUGAAAAAUGCGAUUCAAGUACGUAAGGAUACAUUUGAGGCACAGAACGAGAACAGGAGUACUUAA